GGGUGGUGGAAUGGGGUGGGGGGAAUGCCCAUCCUCAACACCUCCUCCGUCAAUGCUUUGCAAACGGGUAGCGGGUUUGGGUGAGAGCGAAACGAGCGAGCUGUGAGGGAGAAGAGGGCGAGAGCGUGAGGCAAGCGCUGGUAGGACCGUCUCCGGUGGCCGGCCGGGCACAACGAGGGCAGCAGCAGCAGAGCUGAGGGACCGAGCGGAGGGGAUGCGAGGCCGGGUAAUCUUACUAACUGGGGGAAAAAUUCAACCGAUGUGGAUUUCUUAUAUCAAAAGCCUUCGCUUCAGUCUGUUGCAAAGCCUUUAGGUCUUCUCUAUGCCAUGCUGUGCAACUGUCAUCCCAUGAGGAAUUUGUCUUCAUGAAGAUUCCUAACAUUGGUAAUGUGAUGAAUAAAUUUGAGAUCCUUGGGGUUGUAGGUGAAGGAGCCUAUGGAGUUGUACUUAAGUGCAGACACAAGGAAACGCAUGAAAUCGUGGCCAUUAAGAAAUUCAAAGACAGUGAAGAAAAUGAAGAGGUCAAAGAAACCACUUUACGAGAGCUUAAAAUGCUUCGCACUUUGAAACAGGAAAACAUUGUGGAGCUAAAAGAAGCUUUUAGAAGAAGAGGAAAACUAUAUUUGGUGUUUGAAUAUGUAGAAAAAAAUAUGCUUGAAUUGCUAGAAGAAAUGCCAAAUGGAGUUCCACCAGAAAAAGUAAAAAGCUAUAUUUACCAGCUAAUUAAAGCAAUUCAUUGGUGUCAUAAAAAUGACAUUGUUCAUAGAGAUAUCAAACCAGAGAAUCUCUUAAUAAGCCACCAUGAUAUUUUGAAAUUAUGUGACUUUGGUUUUGCGCGGAAUUUGUCAGAAGGAAGCAAUGCUAACUACACAGAAUAUGUGGCCACCAGGUGGUACCGUUCACCUGAACUCUUGCUUGGAGCCCCAUAUGGCAAGUCUGUUGAUAUGUGGUCGGUAGGCUGUAUUCUUGGAGAACUUAGUGAUGGGCAGCCAUUGUUUCCUGGUGAAAGUGAGAUUGACCAACUUUUUACAAUUCAGAAGGUGCUAGGACCACUUCCUGCAGAGCAAAUGAAACUUUUCUACAGCAACCCCCGUUUCCAUGGGCUGCGGUUCCCUGCAGUCAACCAUCCUCAGUCUUUGGAAAGGAGAUACUUAGGAAUCUUAAGUGGUGUUUUACUUGACCUUAUGAAGAACUUGCUUAAACUGGAUCCAGGAGACAGAUAUUUAACAGAGCAGUGUCUGAACCAUCCGUCAUUUCAAACUCAGAGGCUCUUGGAUCGUUCACCUUCACGGUCAACUAAAAGAAAACCUUUUCAUGGAGACAGCAACACCUUAUCCAAUAGAAGUCAAGCCAGCAAAAGUACUGUGCAGUCUCACCACAGAUCAAACAGCAAAGAUAUACAGAAUGUGGGAGUUGGAUUGCAAAGAGAAGAGGCUCUUCCAACAAAUGAAAGUUUUCUAAAUGGAAACCUUCCUGUAACUGCGCAUAGUCCAAUGCUUUCAAAAAAAACAAGCAAUCCUCCUGGAUCUGGCAGCAAGGAUAUAGCUAAUAACAACAUACCACAUCUUCUCAGUCCAAAAGAAGCAAAAUCAAAAACUGAAUUUGAUUUCAAUUUGGACCCCAAAGCAUCAGAUGGACCAGGUUCAAAAUACCUGAAGUCAAAUUCCAGAUCUCAGCAUAACCGCCACUCAUUUAUGGAAAGUUCUCAGAGCAAAACUGGCACACUGCAACCAGGAGAAAGGCGUAGCCGUCACAGCUAUAUUGAUACUAUUCCUCAGUCUUCAAAGAGCCCCUCGUAUCGAACAAAGUCAAAAAGUCAUGGGGCUCUGACAGAUUCCAAAUCUGUGGGUAAUCUCUCUGAGGCUAGAGUUCAAAUUGCAGAACCUAACAGCAGUCGGUAUUUUCCAUCCAGCUGCUUGGACCUGAAUUCUCCUACCACACCAACGCCACCUCGUCAUGCUGAGAACAGAACUUUGCUCAGUCCUUCUGGGAGAAAUAACAGAAGUGACGGUACACUUGAAUCGCGAAGACCAUCUACAAGACAUUCCAAAACCAUGGAGGAGUUGAAAUUGCCAGAUCACAUAGAUGGAAGCCAUUCACACUCCUUAUCUGCUCCCCAUGAAUCUUUUUCUUAUGGUCUUGGCUACACAAGUCCCUUCUCUUCACAGCAGCGCCCUCAUAGACACUCUAUGUAUGUGAGCCGGGACAGAGUGAGGACAAAGGGCUCAGAGGGUGGCUUAAGCGUAGGGCAAGGGAUGGCAGCCAGAGCAAAUAGCCUGCAACUGUUAUCUCCACAGGUGCAGCACAAGUCACUCACAAGAUCUGUUGGCUCUUCACGUGAAGACUGUACAGAAGAUACUAACAGGGGUGGAGCAUACCAUGAUCCACAUCAAGAUGAUGGAGCAUCCACAAAAGAAAAUAGACUUCUGUAUAACGAUCCUGUACCUAGAAGAGUUGGUAGCUUUUAUAGAGUCCCAUCUCCACGCCCAGAGGGAACAUUCCUAGAUAAUAGUGCCUCAAACAGAAUUCCUGCAUUACCAGCAGAGAGCAGUAGUGUAACAAGCCACUCAAUGAGACAAACUGCUUUUGAUCCUUGGAAAAGUCCUGAAAAUGCUCAUUCUGAACAACUAAAGGAAAAAGAAAAGCAGGGUUUUUUCAGGGCAAUAAAAAAGAAAAAAAAGAAAUCCCAAUUUACAGAAUCCACCAAGGCGGAGAACCCAAGCAUCAAGAAAUCACUCUUUCCUCUUUUUAAUUCAAAGAAUCACUUAAAGCAUAGCUCUUCUUUGAAAAAGAUUCCUGUAGUCACUCUACCUAUGAUGCCUGGGAGUGAUAGUCAGGAUCUUUUGGCAUUACAGAAAGCAAUUCACUCAUCUAAUCACCCGGCCAGCCGGCAGAAGGACUGGCAUUCUGACAAGAUGACAGAAAUCCAAACUCAUAGCCAGCCUUUAAAAUCCCUCCGCAAGCUGUUGCACCUCUCCUCUUCCUCAAACCAUUCAAUUCCGUCUGAACCUCGAUUUCAACCCUUACCAAGUCAGCCAGUGAAAACGCCUUUCUCUGAAGUUCGAAUUCACCCUAUAAGUCAAGCUUCCACCAGUAGCAGCAGCAACAUCCGGCAAGAGUCCCAGUCAAAAGGCAGAACCACACUCCAGAUCCCAGGCCAGAUGGAGCCAAGUUGGCAUGUUUCCUCAAUGAACAGGAGUGCUAAUGACGGAACUUCAUACUCUGAUCAGAUGCCUUCUAAGAGUGGGCAGAAUGGGCAUACAUAUAACCGAACAAAUCGAUCUCGAAUGCCAAACUUGAAUGAUUUAAAAGAGACAGCCUUGUAAUAAUACUCCAGGGAAUGCUAUGCAGGGAUUUGCCUAGGGGUACGGUGGUGCUGCUGAUCAUGGUUGUGACUGAAUUCUAAGCUUUAUAAAAAGGUGUGCAAUAUUGAAUACGUGGAGCUACUGUUCAGUACCACAUUGAUAGAGAUAAUACAGUAAAAUGAACUUGAUUAAUUGCCAUUCAUCUAAUCUCAUUACUAUAGAAUGUGCACUUCAGGGAGAAUGAACUUUAUUGCCCUUUUCUCUCAUUUUACAUUCCAGCUUAGUGCACAUAUCUAUCCAAAAGCUGUAUAAGCACUUUUGGGAGUUAAAAGAAACGUCUUUAGACCUAUGCCCUUAUGAAAUUUUUUGCUGCCUAGAUUUAAUUUUUUUUAAGUGGGGUUUCUGAGAUACACUUGUAUCCCAAAUAAGGAUUUAAAGUUCAGUUGUAUGUCUUUAUUUCUUUUUUAAACUUCCAUAUUUGAUAGGAUUUGUAAUAUUUAUUUAUUAUCUAAUAUUGUAUUGUUAUAACCAUAUCUUAUGUUACGAUGUAAAGUUAUUUUGAGCUGUUUGAAACAUUGUGAUGCAGUGCAACAGCUACAGUAGUUUCUAUAAAACCUAAAUGAACAUAUAUUGCAUCAGGAGUAUUUUAUUAUAUACAUAAAUAUAUAUAUGUGAAUAUAUAUAUGUAUGUGUGUGUAUAUAUAUAUAUUCAUAUAUUAAUGGUAAAUUGUUUUUUUAAAAUAUACUCAUUUAAAAAAUUGUUAUGACACUAUCUGCCAUAUUUUUAUACAUUUGUGAUAUAAAGUGCAGUAUUAUACUUCUAAUAAAAUGGAAUUGGAUGUGGAUCAGUGUGACUGUAACAAAAUGAAUUUUGCUCAGCUAUUUAGAUGCAGUUAUAUUGAUAACAAACAAAAUACAUAGUGAUUCUCAGAGUUUGUUGAUUCUCAGACUUUGCUAUAGACCUUUUUUCUGGAGGUAAUGGCUAAAAUGUAUGAAACCCUAAGAUCUAAUGAAAAUGGUAUUUUCCCCUAAAUGUGUGCUUAGCUUUCCCAAUUUUUUUAAUGGGAGGUAGGCAUCUGCAUUAUGGUGGCAGAAUCUCUGUAUUGCUUGUAAUCCCCCAACCAGGAAAACGGAUCCAUAACUAGAAGUUAAAGCAGAUGCUCUUCCAUUAAAUAUAUGGGGGAAGACCAAAGAGCCACAGCAGAGUUGCGAGUGGCAAGCCAAAGGUGGCAUGACACGGCACUGUAAAUCAUGGUAUAAGAUUUUAGGCCUAUGUGUGUUCAUUGCACUUUGUUUGAAAUUGUACUAACGAGAAAGUAAAAUAUUGUAUUUAAAUGUAAGAGAGGCUGUGGCACUUUCAUUUGUUUCUAGGAUUAAAUAAAAGCUGUAACAUUGAUAUUUGAAUAUGGAAAGAAACAGUUUUCUGCUGAAGCUUAAUUUUCCUUGUAUAUCUUCAAAAGAAUACUUCUAUGGACAUUAACACUUCUGGAUGUUUUCCAGUUUCCUAGAUAAUAUUACUUUAAAAUUACUUUUGUAAAGUGAAUUUAUAAUUUAAUACAUGUAGGGCCUAUUUAUUUCUCUUGUUUAAAAUCCAUAUAACUCAGGAAAAAUAUAAUUGGAAAAAUCUAGGUAUCUCUUUAUAAAACUGUUAUAAAUGAAAAGAGCAAGAGGACAGUCAUGUCAGAAUAAUAUAUUUUAGCUUACAAACUUAUAGAGUUCUUGGCAGUAUAACUGUGUUUUUUCCUCAAAAAAACCUGGAAAGCAGAAAGUACUGGGCAGUAUUUAACUAAUUACUAGCACAGUUGAAGGGUAGAUUUGUCAUUAUACAGUAAAGUUAUGACGGAUUUGAAGAUUUUAAAAAGUAGUUUAAUAGACUUCAUAGCAGGAAUCUAACAUUUCUUCCAUUGCAAGAACCUAAAACUUGGCAAGAAAACAUUGUGGCAGGUGUCUAUUUUCCGAAUUGGAAAAUAGUUACUAGAACAACUUAUAAAAUAAUGAGUGAGUAUCUAUGGGAAGUACGGUGGGGAACAUGAGUCUAGUGGGAUUGGUAAUAACUCGAUGUCAAAGAUGUCUGUUUUGAUCUUUUAAUUGGCAGUUUCUACCUGUCAUGUUCCCCCAUGAAUCCAGCCCCAUGAUUUCUGACUGCAUAAGUAAAUUUUCCAUCUAAAAUUCUUGAUUUUGUUUAGAGAUUGGGGCUCUAAGCAGUACAGCUUGAAUGUCAUCAAUGUUGUUUUUUAGCUGGUUUUGUACCAGCUAAUGAGUAGUAUUUCUUGCCUUGCUAGUAAUUUGCACCAUUUAUUUAAAGCUACUAUAGACCUUUUUUAUUUAGGGAAGCCUCUGAAUGGAUACUAAAAAUCUCCAAUUAUGUAUAUUAGAUAAUUAAUUGUGCUUCCAUGUGUUUAAAAUAUUAUUUUCAAGCAUUAACCCCAAAAUGGGAUUUUUUCCCUCUUUUUUGGUCCAAAUUAUAUGAAACCAUUUUCUCAUCAUCUUGCAUAACUAAUUCCUUUUAGUUAAACGAAAAGCUUAGCUGUACAUCAUGCUUUAACAUAUACAGUUUUCAAUCUGUUAAUAGGAAGAGUAAGUCUUAUUCCAAAGGGUUGUGAGACAAGAUCUUGCACUUGAUUUAGUUUAUGGUAUCCAACUUGUAACAUGUUAGUCUUGUAAAUGUUCUAAGAUGUCCAAAAAAUCUUAUUAGACUAAUGGAGAUUUGCUAAAACCAUAAGAGAAAAGCCUAUUAUGUAUUAAACUAUUAUUCAAGGGAGAGCUUUUCUCGUCACUCAGAUCAGAAAAUAAUUUGCUGUACUCUAUAGCUUUACCAAGAAUUGAGCAGCUAAUGUUAUGUCUGUGGCUUUUAAAAUAGUACUGCUGGUAUAAAAGAAUCAGGAUCAUGUAUAUUACUAAAAUUGCAUAAACUUUCUGUAGGGUUUUAGAGUUAUUUUUAAUGGGAACAAAUUAAAACAUUAACAUGUUUAAAAUUAUAUUUGAAAGAAAAGUUUGAUGCUUCUGCAAAAGUGUUCCAAACAUGCAAUAAAAAAACUUUCAAAAGUAUGUAUAUGCCAACGAAACAUACUGAACUCUGCCUGAGUGGCUUCUAGAAAGUAGAGUCUUGGUUUCCGAAUCAAGAUUUUUUUUAUGGUAAACCAUUGCUAGGAUGCUGUUUAUUUUUAUUUUUAAAGAUCCAAAUGAUAUUUUGCUUGUUCUCAGGGGGAAAAAAUCUAAGUGAAGCAUCUGUAAGUUUUGUUUAAAAUUUGGUAAUAGAGGAAAGUUUAUUUUAAAAAAAAACCCUCCCCCUUUUUUAGGUCAUUAGUGCUAUAUAUUGAGAAUCAGACGUUUGUUGGUGGGGAAAUAGUAACUGCCACUCCCUAUUUCUUGGAAUUGCCAUGCUUCCAUUACAUACAGUUUUAACCUCCAUUUUACUACUUCAGUCCACAAUCUGGAUGUAUGGUUUUCAAAUGUUUAUAAUAUCUAAUAUGUUUUGUUUUAAUUUCAUAUAUUAGAAUUUCCAAUCUUAUGCUUAUAAAUGUUGGGAUCAGCAUCUCUUCCAUAGACUUUCUGGAAGUACAAGGCAAGAUGUCCUACAAGAGAUGUAUAGAUGCAAAUUGAUGGGGUCUUACAAUUUAAUUUGGUGUUUCUGUAGAAAAUAUUUUCAUUUGAAGAUGUCCUCUCUUCCUUCCUCUCUCGGCACUCACUACACCAUCGCUUCUCAGCCUUUUGGCUAAGAUCAAGUUUAGUGUGUAGUCUCACUCACCUCACCUCACCUCACCCCACCCCACCCCUGCAGACUGGAAAGUAUUAGUAACCCACAGUGGUCACCCAGUUUCCAGUUGCCUUAAAUAUCAAAUUUUAUUUUUGUACUGUAUAGUAAUUCACUUAAUAUGAAAGACAUUGCAAUGCUCUUUUCAAAAUAGUCUUAAGAUAACUAUCAGGAGAACCAGGAACCAUAAAAUAUGUUUAGCUUCUAGUACAAGUACCAAUUUGCUUUAAAAUUGUGGACAAAUGUGGAAUAGGCAGAGAAACAUCAUGUCUGCCUCACAAUUCUAUUUGGAGUAUCAAGUGGUGUGUGUUAGGGAUGCUCUGAGAUAGAAUUAUGAAAUUGUCAGACUUUUGCCUAAUAAUCUAAUGUGUAGUCUGACUUUUGCAUAACCACAAUGCUGUGAUAAAGAGGUUUUUGUGGGAAGGUAUAGCAAGGUAGUAGUGAAAAUCUAUUCAGUUACGUUCAGCAUACAUCUCCAAGUGUUCCUGGUUUCACUGUGCAAAAGGUCUGUAGUACUUAGUGUAUGUAGCAAGGGAAAUGUAGUUAUGUAAUCUUCAAGAAAUAUUUUAAAGCACCUAUUUUAACAAUUAUUGACUGACGUCCUGUCUAAUGAUGUCCAGAAGCAUUCUGUAAGGGUCAGUAACGUGGUUCCAAUCUUACAGAGCACUUUUGGAGUGCAGGAGUGCGGCUCUGGCCGCACAUGCUAAACAGUGAGAGUUGUACAUGGGCUCCUGCUUUGUGCCUGCACACCCUCGAAGUGCACACUUCUAAAGGAUGUCAGCUACUUAAAACCUCUAUGAAACCAAGAUAAUCUAGAAAAAGGUGCCUUUUCAUUCCAAUCCCUUCUUCUUCUUCUUCUUCUCUCAUUGCCAUAAUGCUGACUGGCUCUUCACUACAAUUUGUAGCAAAUUAGGAGAAAAGCCAUUUUUCUAGUCUCCAAUCUAACCUAGCUGAUGUUCAAUACUGUAAUACAACACGGCUGUCUGCAGGAAAAGUUAACAUGGCAAUGGCUCUUUAUCUCUCUAUACCUGUUAGUUUGCUGGUUUUGCCAGCCUGUUUCUCUUCAUUCAGCUACCCUGACAACACGGAAGAGGGUCUUCCCCAACACAUGCACCACGUGCCAGUCACAAUUUACAUUGUAGAACCAAAGUCCAAUGAAAUUAGGACUUUAGUUUAUUGAUGGAAUGCUUAAUGUGGAAAAUAGUUAAAUAGCUUUUUAUAAUCAAGUGCUGUAGAUCACAGCAUACUGGAAUCUGACAACUGGGAGUAUGAUCUCCCUGACCAGGGUGUGUAAUUGUUAGCUGGAGUUGUUUAUUUUUGAAAGCAAGAAAAUACACAUUUAAACCUGAAUAAUCUCAUUGAAGUAAAAAGCAUUGCAAAUUGAUAUAUUUUCAGUACCCUCUGAAUCUACAUUCUGUUUUACUGCUUCUGAAGAAUAUAAAGAAAUUCAUACAAAGGUGACCAAAUUCUUUUUAAAAAGUGGUUGCAAUACAGUACCACUAAUUUUUGUCUUAGGUGGUACUUUUGUCUUACAACUGAAUAUCUAUUAUAUAUUUUCAGAAUAGUUGUAUGCCCCGUAGCAUAAUUCUUGAUUGGGAAAUUGCACAUCAGUUAUUUAUCUUGGUUAGCUGUUCUCCAAACAUUGGUUCUUGAUGUUUGCUUUGCUUCUUCAUUUAUGAUCUAAGAGCCCAGUAACAGCCUAUGCGUGAACAGGAGGCAUCAGAUGUUGGGAAGUGCUUCCAAUGAACUGUAAGCCAGCUCAGCACAUGCCCAUCCUUGGACCAUUUUAAGGUGUUUCCUUUUUCUUUUCUUUUUUGCUUUACAUUUAUUUCCAUGUAGUUCCAAUUAGGUUGCCUUGUUCUUUCCCCCCAGAGAAUAUUAUCAGGGAGAUACAGGCCUUAUUGUAUCUUGACAUCCUAUUUGCUGUCCCACUCAGUGAUCACCAUUGUUAGACUUGCUCAGGAUAAUCAUCAUUUAAUUUGCUAGUUUGUCCAAGAAAGUAAUAUUACCUCAUUCUUUUCAAGCUAAAUCAUUCUUUUAAAAUGCUGUUAUAUUUUGGUGCGCCAAAACUCAGUUCAUUGGACAUAAUUCUUCGGUAUGUCUUUUUAAGCAUAACUAUUUAAUUGCAAGACAGCUUAUAAAAUGGAUGGAACUCAAUAACUGAACAUCUCUACAAACAAGAUAAUCUGAUACAGGCAGUGUGUUUGUUCUAAAAUUGCAAAGUAAAAUUUAAAUGAGUUUAUGCUGCGAAGAUUUUGUAAGGAUAAUACAAAGGUUACUAGGUGGUUGGAAAUCCUCCACAUUCCCCCUAUUUUUCUACCUCAUUGUUACUUUAGGAGAAUUCUGAUGAAGGAUGAUACUUAUUCAGAAGUGGUACAUUUUGACCUGUAAAUCUGGAUUCUCUGGAGAUGGAAAAAAUGCCAAAUAGAAGUAUUCAGGGUAAAAAUAUCAUUGGCCGGCUUUUAGUGUGCUUGGAAAGCAGGACUGCUUUGAUCUCCAUUGUCAAAAUACGGAAUAAGAGCUAUUGAAAAGAAAAGUGGGGAGAAAAUACUUUGGUAGUAUUAUAAGGAGUCAGAUAAUUAGAAAGGAUCCAAUUAUGAAGGCAAUUUUCCAGAUUUCUGAACUUCAUGAGGAGAAAUUACCUGUGUUCACUAUAUCCCUUUUUAGAUGAUCUCAGACGCACAAACUUACUUUGCCCCUGCUUUCUGCUGUGGAAGAGAUGUAAUUGUGAUGGUAACCUUUUAAAUCUUUUAAUUAACACUUUGAAAAUAAUUUGGGUAUUUGAAAAUUUCAUUCCGAGUUAAUAAACUAUUUGUAAAAUGUUUAUAGAACUAUUUGUAUCAUGUUGUGAUUACACCUUACCAGAUUGUUUUCAGCAUGUAUUCAGUUGUUAACUCUAUAAUUUUUUAUUGUUUAUGUAAAUAGUAUGAGAAAUGGUAUGAGAGAGAAAUUAUCCUGUGUUUAGCCUUUACUUAACAGCAUGAGAAUUAUUCAUUUUUACUGAGCACAAUGUAUUUUUGAAUGGGCCUUCCAAAAUAUGUCUUUAAUAAAAAUGCAGGUUUUGCACUAGAAAA